CGAGCGCGUCUGUGCAGGGCCGCGAUUCCUUCCUCUUCGAUUUCCAGUUGCCACCACACGACACACGAUGUCCCGACCAAGGGUAUUCAUGGACUUUUCUGUCGACGGCCAGUCAUUGGGCAGGGUCAUCUUUGAGCUUUUUGGUGAUACUGCACCGAAGACAAGCGAAAACUUCAGAGCCCUAUGUACUGGGGAGAAAGGCGUUUCUUCGUCUGGCGUGCCGCUCUACUACAAAAACAGCAUCCUGCACAGGUGCAUCAAGGAUUUCAUGAUCCAAGGAGGAGACUUCACCAAGCGCAACGGCACCGGCGGCGAAUCGAUAUACGGAGGUAUGUUCCCUGACGAAGACCUCACCCGGCCUCUGGACUCGGAAGCCUUGCUCUGCAUGGCGAAUAGAGGUCCCAAUACCAACGGUUCUCAGUUCUUCAUCACCCUGAGGGAAUGUCCCCACUUGAAUGGAAAACACGUCGUAUUCGGCAAGGUCAUUCGCGGUUACGACGAUGUUGUCAAAAAAAUCGUCGGCGUCCCUGUAGAUACGAAGGAUCGUCCCACAACCGCGGUUACAAUCACCAGUUGUGGCGAACUUGAGCUUCGCAAAAAGCAACGUGGGUUUCCUUUUGACUGGCACUCCAUCAACCUCACGUCGUGUCAAGCCUCAAAGCGUGAUCGUUCCGUUUCGGAAGAAAAAGAAAACGAAGACCGCAGGAGGCGCUCCCAUCAGCGCUCUCCAAGUACAGAUUCAGAGCCUUCGCGUCGCAACGAGACGUCCAAGCGAAAGAAGCGCAGUAAAGACAAGAAGAAGGACGAAACGCUGUUGCAAGAAACCGAAGAAGAGUACGACGCAAGACUCGAGAGAGAAGAGAAUGAACGAAUAGCAGAGCAGAGAAGGAAGGAAUUGGAAAGAAUCAAGCGCCAACACGAAGCCGAACUUGAAUCAAAGAAUGGUGUACGAUUCAAGGGGCGAGGAAGAAUGAAAUUUGUUGAUCCCGAAUCUACAUAUAGGUAGGUAGCCCGUGCCAGGCAUAACGUUCCGAAAAAGUACAUCAUUCACGAUGCGCAAAUCUUGUCCCUUCAACUGAUCCAAGCAUAUUUACACCAUCAGUAUGGGAGCGAUAAUGCCCGAAAUAUCGCCUGUGCGAAUUUUUUUUUCGAGCAGCUUCGUUCUGUGACUCAGCGUCUAGCCUGCAUCAUUGGGUGGCGACACAAGUUGCCAGAGGUAAUCUGGACGUAAACACAGUACAAUUGUUCGACCUCAAGGGCCGGAUCUGAUCCUCCUUAUUUGGCGUCUCCUUGCACUACUUGUGUACAUACACGGUUACCCCGGCCUCGCGUUGUGAGAGGAAUGAUACAUGAAGUCACUAUGGUAACUGCAGUGCUUCCUUCGUG